GGUGCUGUGAAAAUUAUUGGGCUAUUGAAUUUUCCAAAGUCAAUUCAUCCUUUUUUUCUUCAAUUAUUGAUCUUUUUUCUCUCUCUCUCUCUCUCUCUCUCUUUUAUUUUGGAUACUCAUGGGUUUAGAGUAGGCCUUGCAAUUGACUUCUGGUUUUAAGAAUUCCAUUGAAGAACCCCUUUUACCCAUUCUUGUCUAUAUAAAACUCAACCCAAGAAGCUUAUUUUGGGAUUUUCUUUGUAAAUUCAGAUGAAGGGUUGGAUAUUAUUACAUCUUGUGUUGUUUUGCUUAUUUUAUUCUCUUGGUGCCUAUUGCUGAUGAUGAAAAGUUUCUUUCUUUAGAAAAAAGUUUGAUCUUUUUCGUAAAAAAUAUAAAUCCUUGUCUAUUUCAUGAUAAUUUGAUUGGUUUCUUUGGAAUUGAUUGUAUUGGAUUGAUUAUUUCAGUCAAGUUAUUGAUUGAGAAACAUAUUAAGAUUCGUUCUUUGCUGAGUUGACAGCAGAAAUUUCUGAAUUUUUGGAAACAUGGAAGGGAAAACGAGUGAGGAAGGUCUGGAGGUGCCCAAACAUGAGAAAUCAUUGAGUCAGAACGUGGCCUUAGGGGGUUUGAAAUUGAAGGGCACAGGAAGUUUAAGUGAUAAGGGCAUGGAGCCGAAGAGUGUCGGAAGCAUUAGCAGCAAAGACAUGAUCUUUCGGGCUGAUAAAAUCGAUCUCAAGAGCUUGGAUGUGCAACUUGAGAAGCAUUUGAGCAGGGCUUGGUCGAAAAACGUUGAGACACAGAAUAAGCAGACACCAAAGGAAGUCUGGGAGAUCGAUCCUUCGAAAUUGGAAAUUCGGUAUCUUGUGGCUCAGGGCACUUACGGGACGGUUUAUAGGGGUACUUAUAAUUCGGAGGACGUUGCAGUAAAGCUAUUGGACUGGGGAGAGGAUGGUAUGGCCACAGCUGCUGAAACUGCUGCACUUCGGGCAUCAUUUAAACAGGAGGUUGCUGUUUGGCACAAGCUUGACCAUCCAAAUGUUACUAGAUUUAUUGGUGCUUCAAUGGGCACUUCACAAUUCAAAAUUCCUUCCAAAAACCCGUCUGAAGGCUAUACCAACCUUCCAUCGAGGGCAUGUUGUGUUGUGGUGGAAUUUCUCCCUGGAGGGACACUGAAAAAGUUCUUAUACAAGAACAGGAAGAAGAAGCUUCCCUUUAAAGUUGUGAUCCAGCUUGCUCUUGACCUAUCUAGAGGACUCAGCUAUCUACAUUCCAAGAAGAUCGUACACCGUGAUGUAAAAGCUGAAAACAUGUUGUUGGAUACUCAAAGAACACUGAAAAUUGCUGAUUUUGGUGUUGCUCGUGUCGAAGCUCAAAAUCCAAGGGACAUGACCGGUGAAACGGGGACCCUUGGCUAUAUGGCUCCAGAGGUACUAGAUGGAAAACCUUACAACAGAAAAUGCGAUGUCUACAGCUUUGGAAUUUGCUUAUGGGAAAUAUACUGUUGUGAUCUUCCUUACACAGACCUUAGUUUUGCUGAAGUUUCUUCUGCUGUUGUUAGCCAGAAUUUGCGGCCAGAAAUCCCUCGAUGUUGCCCAAGUUCUCUUGCAAAUAUCAUGAAGAAGUGCUGGGACGCAAACCCAGAGAAACGGCCCGAUAUGGAUGAGGUUGUGAGGUUGUUGGAAGCAGUCGACACGAGCAAAGGAGGAGGAAUGAUACCCGAAGACCAAGCCGGAGGCUGUUUCUGCUUUGCUCCCACACGAGGACCAUGAGAAAUUAUUUCCCUCAUUCCCUCUCCACUUAAAUCUACCGUUUUUACUUGUUCACCAGGCGAUUGAGAUGUUUGCAAAUACGUGGACUUAGAGACGACUCUUUUAGUUAGUUGUUGAUGUGAAGUAUCAUUGUUUUAUGUCGGAAAUAAUUGUCUGGUUAUUCCUUGGCGAAUUCUUUCUGCAGAUGCAGACACAUUUUAUACAGUCGUGCUCUAAACAUUUUUCUGACUUUCCGGCAGUGAUGGAUCGAUCAUACAUUGUAUAUAGCACAAAAAACCAACAUUCAUAAUAGCACUACUAUGUUGUUUUUGUCAUAUGGACAGAGGCAGAUGGAAUCCUACUCUGUCCAAAGGUUGAUGUCUUUGUGGUAGAUUCUUACAAGUGGAUUUUUA